UGUGUGCGCAUAAUCCAGGAGGCGGUGUUCAUUGGCUAAUCGGGCAUUUCACUGUCAUGCAAGUUGAAUCUGAUGAGCAGAGUGUGAGAAGUGACGUGGAGUACUACGAGCCGAGCCGAUGUCUGCUAAAACUUGACCCCAGAGCUUAACUAUGAAGAAAGUUAUAACAUCUACAAUGUGGACCAUUCAACGUUAGCGCCAUUGCUAUUGCACUGCUUGCCGAGUGGGAUUCAACUCUCACGGAAUAAUUUUACACCAAGAAAUCAAUAACAGCGCUCGCCGGGCUAGCUUAUAGUUACUAGCUAGCAGGCUCACUAUGUGCUAAGUUAUAAAGCUAGCUAACGUCAGCGUCCGUGUUGUGCGCACCAAAUCAACUAAAAACAAACGAGCCAAAACGAAACAUAAGUUAUGGAAAAGGCUGACAAGGACCUGUGAAGGAGCCGUGUUUAGCAUAAAGUAAAGUGUAGCCGGGCCAGCUAACUAGCGUGCUAAUUUCAGCGUCCCCUUCGGCUGAGGAGUACCGGAGAAAGCUGUCAAGAUGGGCUCUCUGCUCCGAAGUGAGGAGAUGUGUCUGGCCCAGCUGUUCCUGCAGUCCGGAUCAGCAUACGACUGUAUCAGUGAACUCGGAGAACUGGGACUUGUGGAGUUCAGAGACCUCAAUCCCAGUGUCAACUCAUUCCAGCGGAAAUUUGUCAAUGAGAUCAAAAGAUGUGAAGAGAUGGAGAGGAUCCUUGGAUACCUUUUGCGGGAAAUCAAGAAAGCGGAUAUCCCACUGCCAGAAGGAGAUGUGAACCCUGUUGCUCCGUUGCCCAAACAUGUCAUGGCUAUCAUGGAUCAGCUGCAAAGGCUGGAAGUGGAGUUGAGUGAAGUCACCAGGAAUAAAGAGAAGCUGCAGAAAAAUCUCCUGGAGCUUACAGAGUACACACACAUGCUACGUAUCACACGCAGCUUUGUACAGCGAGGUGGCGAGCACGAGCCACUACAAGUACAGUAUGAGGAGUUUCCUUUCUUGGAGAAGGACACAGUGAUGGACUACAACAGCAUGCAGAGGCUUGGAGCCAAACUUGGUUUUAUCUCAGGGCUGAUUGAGAGGAUGAAGAUAGAGGCCUUUGAGCGGAUGCUGUGGAGAGUAUGUAAAGGCUACACCAUCCUCAGCUACGCAGAGAUUGAUGAGUAUCUUGAAAACCCUGAUACGGGUGAGCCUACUAAAAGUGUGGUGUUCCUGAUCUCUUACUGGGGAGACCAGAUUGGCCAGAAAGUCAAAAAGAUCUGUGACUGCUAUCAUUGCCAUUUGUACCCAUAUCCCAAUAGUAAUGAAGAGAGGAAUGAUGUUGUGGAAGGACUUAAAACUCGCAUUCAGGACCUGCACACGGUACUUCAUAGAACAGAGGACUACCUGAGACAGGUCCUGAACAAGGCCUCAGAGUCCGUCUACACCUGGGUCAUUCAGGUUAAGAAGAUGAAGGCUAUCUACUAUAUCCUCAACCUGUGUAGUUUUGAUGUCACUAAUAAGUGUCUGAUUGCUGAGGUGUGGUGUCCUGUCAGUGACCUUCCCGCUGUGCGGAGAGCUCUGGAAGAUGGAUCGAGAAAAAGUGGAGCAACAGUUCCUUCUUUUGUCAAUCGCAUUCCUAACAGCGACACUCCCCCUACCCUCAUAAGGACCAACAAGUUUACCUCUGGUUUCCAGAACAUCGUAGAUGCCUAUGGAGUAGGCAACUAUAGAGAGAUUAACCCAGCUCCUUACACAAUCAUCACUUUCCCAUUCCUGUUUGCUGUGAUGUUUGGGGACCUGGGCCAUGGUGUUAUCAUGGCUCUGUUUGCUUUCUGGAUGGUGUUAUACGAGAACAAUCGCAAAUUGAAACGCACCAGGAAUGAGAUCUGGAACACAUUUUUUGAGGGACGUUACAUCAUCCUGAUGAUGGGCCUGUUCUCCAUCUACACUGGCCUUAUAUACAAUGACUGCUUCUCAAAGUCCCUUAACAUCUUUGGUUCUGGCUGGAGUGUCAAAGCCAUGUUCAAUGCUAAAGUGUGGGAAGAAAAAGAUAUCAAAGCUAAUCGUUUUCUAACACUGGAUCCAAAUAUUACGGGGGUUUUCAAUGGGCCGUACCCUUUCGGAAUAGAUCCGAUCUGGAACCUGGCAUCCAACCGCCUUACAUUUUUAAAUUCCUAUAAGAUGAAGAUGUCAGUGAUACUGGGUAUCAUACACAUGAGCUUCGGGGUCAUCCUCAGUGUUUUUAACCACUUGCACUUUAGGAAGAAGUACAACCUCUACUUGGUAUUUCUUCCUGAGCUCCUGUUCCUGCUGUGCCUCUUUGGCUACCUGGUGUUUAUGAUCCUCUACAAGUGGCUGGCCUUCUCUGCCUCUGACUCCAGACUGGCCCCCAGUAUCCUCAUCCAUUUCAUAAACAUGUUCCUCAUGCAAGGCGAUGGGGUACGGCCACUCUACGCAGGACAGGCUGGCCUGCAGGUGUUCCUGGUGGUCAUCGCUGUGCUGUCAGUGCCUGUUUUACUACUGGGGAAACCCCUCUACCUUUAUUGGCUUCAUAACGGAGGCCACCGCCUAGGAAUGUACAGGGGAUAUGAGCGUGUGCGACGCAGCAGUGAGGAGGAGCUCUCCCUUUUGAGGGCUCAUGACAUGGAGGAGGGCAGCAGCCACAGUGACCUCUCCACCAGCAGGGAGCACCAGACAGAAGAGUUUGACUUUGCAGAUGAGUUCCUGCACCAGUCUAUCCACACUAUAGAGUAUUGCUUGGGGUGCAUCUCUAACACAGCCUCUUAUCUCAGGCUCUGGGCUCUGAGUCUGGCACAUGCACAGCUGUCAGAGGUGUUGUGGGCUAUGGUGAUGCGAGUGGGGCUGCGCAUGAAGACCAGUCUUGGGAUUAUGUUUUUGGUGCCAGUGUUUGGACUGUUUGCUGUCCUCACUGUAUCCAUCCUGCUGGUAAUGGAGGGACUAUCUGCCUUCCUUCAUGCCCUCAGACUUCACUGGGUUGAGUUUCAGAAUAAAUUCUACAGUGGAGCUGGAAUCAAGUUCUCCCCCUUUUCCUUCUCUCACCUGCCCUCUGGUUUUGAGCAUGACGGCUUGCUAUGAAGGGAGACACCAGUGACACUGUUCAGUGGCAAACACAGCCAAAAUGUGCCAGCAGGAUUCAGUGCUUCAAAAGACCGACUUAAAUAAUGUCAUGGCCUGAUUCCGUUUUGUUUUCAAAUUUGAAAAAUGGAUCACAUCAAGCACUUAUGAUUAUUUUCACAAACUUUUCAAGCAGCAUUCUGUUCAUCCACUAGUUCCCAUUUCAUUACUAAUGACAACCUUUUAAUGACCACAACCAGGGUACAGUAAACUAGUGAAAAAAUCAUUUUUCCCCAUUCAAAUUUAUGCACAGGCACAGGGUAUUUAUACCGGGCUCAACACAUUUCAAAGCACAAAGUUUUGUGAGGUUGAGGUGUUUGGCCUAAAUGUGAACUGUAACUCAUCUGCUCAAAACCAAUGUUUUCCUUGUUGGGGAUGUUUUGUAACGGUUGAUGAAGAUCACUGAGGUGUGGGACUUUAGGCCACCUUUAUGUUCACAUUCAUAGUUUAUGUUUUACUUUUUGUUGCACUGACUGCCUUAUAGAAGUCCAAUUAAACAACAACAUAUCAUCUUCCAUUUUCUCUCAUUCAUAUUUUGGGGCUACAAAAACAUUGUGCAGUCUUUGACUUCCUCAUAUUAUAAAUCGUUUUGGCAGGAAUGUGAUAAGAGAUGUAUAUACUUUUAUAGAAUGAUUGUUUAAUUUAUUAUAUUUUUUUAACUGUUGCAUCAGUAUAAAUGAUGAAUGUUAAAGGAAUCUGCAUUUUGCUGACAUGUAUUCACAAUGUUGCCUAUGCGACCAUCAGUUUAUGGAAAACUUAACAUUCCGUGCAUGGAAAGCUUGGGACAUCCAUUAAUUGACUGUUCUGCUGCUCAAGAGCCCCUCAUUUAGUCAGUGAUAUUUUGCAGAGUACUAAGUUAGAAAUAUUUGUUAAGCCUUAUUACCAAAACAAAAUGGUUGAGCUGUUAAAUCUUAUCAAAAGAAGGAGAAUUAUUCUAAAAUCAGCCACUAGUAGUUUUUAAUUUUUUGGUAUUUAGAAAAAGUAUUAUGCGUUUUGGGAAUGUUCCUAAGCUGGUGUGUUUUUAACUGCAGUAACAAUGUCAUGCUGAACCUUGUUUGAAUGCUUACAUGGUUUCAUUGGAACCUGAAUUUGGUGUGUUGACACCAAAGUACUGUGACAACUAUGUGCUUUGUACUUCGUAUUGGGACAAGAUGGUGUUAAAACUUUAUGAUAAAACUCUUUCACAGCCUCUGUUUUAUUGGGGUGUCAGAUGCACGUGAUGAUGAGCAGCUGUUUGCCUUAACAGUCAGUUGUAGUGUUGAUUGGUUGAAGGGGUCUUGUAAUGGUAUUUCUUUCUAAUGCAGCCCUGAUCUGGCCAUUCUUUUGAUUAACAAGUUUUUUGUUUGUUUGUUUGUUUUAGACAAAAUCUCCAUGCUUAAAGUGUGCUGAUACAUUCCUCUAUUUUGGUUUGGUUUUGCUUUUCUAUACGAUUAUGGUGAUGUUAAAAUAUGUUUUCAAUAAAUUUGAUUUUAUUUGAA